AAUUUAUAUGGAUUGUUCAAAGGGGAACUUAGUCACAUUGUGCACCGCAACGUCAAACAAGCUCUUAAAUCGAUUAUUUGGGAGAAAAAGUACCGUGAUAUCACGAAGCAAUGGUUCAAUGUUCUCCCUGAUAAUGAUGGGCAAAAUGAUGGGAUUGCUAAUGAAUCCCUUUGUGAUUUUUCCAUUCUUGAUGAUACGGAAGCUCGCGCUUUUCUUGAACUUGGUGUAAAUUGUCUCCUAUCGUCUAUAGAAUGGAGUUCCAAAACGGUAAUUAUUCGUGUUGAUUAA